GUCCUGUUUGGGUACCUCCCUCCUGCUGCUGUGAGGUCGUGCCUUCCCUUUCCUUCCGUGGUCACCCUCCGAGAGUCUCGGCUCUUUUCUUCCACACUCCUAUCCCCUAAGGGGAAAGAGACUCGUGGAGAGUGUCGUUCCCUCCCUCUCCUUUCUCUUCUGGCUCCGCUGGUCCCACGCUCAGAAGCGAGAACUACCUGCUGCUCAGCCACCAGAUUUCUGAACUAUAACCUGUGGGCCAUAGGUUUAAGAAAAUCAAAAUCACGAAAGAAUGGACAGUGAGGUACAAAGGGAUGGAAGAAUUCUGGAUUUGAUUGAUGAUGCUUGGAGAGAAGAUAAGUUGCCGUAUGAAGAUGUUGCAAUACCACUGAAUGAACUUCCCGAACCAGAACAAGACAAUGGUGGCACAACGGAAUCUGUCAAAGAACAAGAGAUGAAGUGGACAGACUUAGCCUUACAGUAUCUACAUGAGAACAUUCCCCCAGCAGGAAACUAAUUAACUUCUUAUCGUUCAUGGACAGAUUAUUGUGUAUCCAGAAUGUUUUCUUGUAGGUUCCCAAGUAGUAUCUUUAAGCUGUGAGCCACUACUUUGAACAGUUGAUUCUUGUUGACAAAGUAGAAUUUGAAAAUAUUUAUUCAUGAAGAGAUAACCAAUUUAGAUUGCUUCAUAUUAGAGGAUUUUCAUAGAUAUUAUCUAAAUCUCUUCAUUAGCUUGUCUUAAAUUUAAAUAUUCACCUAUAUCUUUGUUUUUGAUCCUGUUGUCAUAGGUUAGUACAAUUUAAUUUACCUUUAUAUUUUCUUCAACAGUAGAAAGAGUUAAAUAGUAACUGGGAGAAUGAUGUCAAAUUACUAUAUUUGCCUUGCUUCUCUGUCCAAUGUCAUAUCCAGGGGUAGGAAAAGAAUGCAGUUGACCUUAGAUGUGAAAAGCCAAUGAGUCUGUUAUACAAACCUACCUGCCUCUACUUUAGUCAUAAUAGUUUGAGUUAAUGUGUUUUAGAAUAUUGAUGCCAUUAAUGUGGAGAUAACUUAUUCACAGAUGGAUGGAAUUGGUAUUUUUUUUUGUUUUCUAUUAAAUUUAAGGCUUGUGUAUAAAAUUA